UCAUGCUGCUGCCAGGUCCAGAGUCUGUCAUGGGUCCCUGUACGGCCUCCCAUUGCUGCUGUCUCCAUCGCCACACUCUGCCAUGUGCCACUUUCAGGUCUCCUCACACUGCUGGUGUGUUCCAUUUUUUGUCAUAGGGUGCUGGCAGAUUACGGGCCUCCCAUAGCUGCUGCCAGGCCCCUAAUCUGCCAUGGGCCCCUAUAUACCGCCUCCUCAUGCUGCUGCCAGUCCAGAGUCUCUCAUGGGUCCCUGUACGGCCUCCCAUUGCUGCUGUCUCCAUCGCCACACUCUGCCAUGUGCCACUUUCAGGUCUCCUCACACUGCUGGUGGGUUCCAUUUUUU